UAACUCUUGCCGCGUGCACAACGGACAGAGCGAUAACAACGGGAAUCAAAUGAAAUAGACGGCCGCCUCGCGUUGGCUGGGGGAGUACCGCGCUCUCUUCUGCUCUCUCUCUCUCUCGCUCACUUACAAUCGUUCUCUGCGUUUGACUGAGCACGUUCGCUGCUCGCUCGCGUGUUAUUGUUUUUGUAUUUGUGCGGAAAAUGUAAAAGACGCCAACUGCAGCUGCAGUUGUUGUUGCUGCCGCUGCUUUUUUCCUCUUUGUGCACAUUGAAGCACUGAAAAUGCAUAGAAAAGUGCCCAAAAAGUGAUAAAAACAAAAUGUAAAACGCAAGAAUCUAAAAUAUGUGCCUUUAAAACUGAUCAAAACAGUAAGAAAAAAAAAAAGAAAACACAACACCUUGUCUUCCGCAACAAUAAAAACAACAUAAACAUCAACACAACUCGUGUGAAUAUCCAACGCCCCAGUGCCACGCCCCCAUCGAAGAAGUAAAACAAAGCCAAACUAUUACAGAAAUCUUUGAAGAAAAACAAAUCAUGAGUAGUCAACCUGCCAGCCAGCCCGAUAGCAUUGACUUAGCCUAUGAUAUGUGGGCGGGUCAAUUCGAAUUUGUCGGACCCACAACGAAUGCCACAUCAAUUAAUCAAAAGCACACAUUGAACAACAACAGCAACAACAACAAUAACAACAACAGCAACAGCAACAGUAAUAAUAACAAUAACAAUUGUGUGAAAUUUGGAAGCGAACGGCACGCUAGUCAAAAGUUAUCAUCGGCAGAUAGUUUGGAGGAUUUGAAUUUAAAUUUCAACACAAGUUCCACACAGAAUCCACUUUGUAACGCCUACAGUUUGGGUGUGACUGGACCAUAUUCGGCAUUCGAUAAGCAGCCCAUACUGAUCGAUCAGGAGACAUUUUUAAGUCUUAAUCCAGCUGAUUUUGAGGAUAUUGUGCCAUCUGAUUCGGAGCCCAAUUCUCUGGUUUUCAUCGAGAACAAACUUGAGAAUAACAACAAUAGUCUCGAAUCGAAUAAUAACAACAAUAACAAUAAUAAAAUAUACAAUUUGGAAACGUUAACCAGUAAAUUUAAUAAUAAGACAAAUAAUACAAAUACAAACGGUUUUAAAUUGGAAAAUCUUAAGAACUUUAAGAACAAAUUGCUCUGUGAUUUCGAGGAGAACGGGGGAAGCGGAAACGGUGGAUCGGCUAACGGUACAAACAACAAAAUGAACGGAGCCCUCAGUGCCGAGAUAUGCGAUAAUCUCAAUGAGCAACUGGAGCUGCUCCAGCGCAAGGUGGACGAUCUGUCAGAUACGCAGAAUAUAGCCGAGGAUCGUACGACGCGCACAAAGACGGAAUAUGCGGUGCUCCAGGCGCGUUAUCACAUGCUUGAGGAGCAAUACAGAGAGUCGGAGCUGCGAGCCGAGGAGCGUUUGGCAGAGGAACAAAAGCGUCAUCGGGAGAUCUUGGCGCGCGUGGAACGCGAAGCCUCGCUGCAGAAUGAGAACUGUCAGAUGAAGAUCAAAGCCACUGAGAUCGAGGCGAAUGCACUGCGCGAUGAGGCGCAAAGAUUGCGUGUAUUGUGCGAUAAGCAGGCCAAUGAUUUGCAUCGCACCGAGGAGCAGCUGGAGCUGGCACGCGAUCAGAUUGCUGCACUGCAGCAGGAGUAUGAUGAACAAAUGCAAACGUUGCGACGUCACGAGCAGGAGAAGAAAUCCACCGAGGAGCUAAUGCUGGAAUUAAGUCGCGAAUUGCAACGCGCCCGCGAGGAGAAUGGGGCACGUGCCAUGCCCACCACAUCGCCGGAGAGCAUAAGACUGGAGGAGCUGCAUCAGGAGCUUGAAGAGAUGCGCCAAAAGAAUCGCUCACUUGAGGAGCAGAAUGAGGAGCUGCAGGCCACCAUGCUGACGAAUCAGGCCACCAUGCUGACCAAUGGCGUGGAACAGGGUCGUCAUCUGUUAAGUGGCACUCUCAAUAAUCUGGCCCAGGAGCUGGAGGAAAUGUCACAAGCUCAGGAUUCUGUGGAUUCAGCCACAUUAGCAUCCUUAAGUCAGCUGCAACAAGCCUUCCAGGAAAAGGAAGAUGAGAAUGUUCGUCUAAAGCAUUACAUCGAUACCAUCUUACUCAACAUCGUGGAGAAUUAUCCCCAGCUUCUGGAAGUAAAGCCCAUGGAGCGAAAGUAGGAAUUGGAAGAGUAUCAAGACAAAAAAAGAAGAAGGAAAAACAGCCCAGACACUUUACAGUUUCUGUACCACCUAACGUUAACUCAAAACGAAAAAAAAAGAAAAUAAUAAGAAAACAACCAACUAAUUAACUACUUUAAAUGUUAUCUUAAGCAAACCCAUAUAUUUAUGUAUACUUAACUUAAGUCAUAAUUUAUUUUAUAACCAUUUAUUGUAGUUUUUAAACUGAACAACACAAAAGAGAAAGAUGAAAAAAACAGAACAGAACAAAACAAAACAACAGAUUUAUGUGAAAUUAGUUAAAAUUGUUAAUCUAAUUAUUCUUUCGUAUAACUUUUAAUCUAAUCGUUAUGUAUAAAAAAAUUCAUGUUUGUAAAAUAGUAAAGAAAACUAAAUUGUCUAAAACGAA